CUUUUUUUCCAUUUGCAUCACAUUGUGGAGCAAAAACACUCCCGUCAGUCGUCCACAUCUAGAGAGGAUUAAAGUGAGCAGACCUGGAGGAGGAUGCUACACAAACUCAGCGUCGGUGGACUCUGGACCUUCAUUUUGGAUUUAACAGCCAAAGUUUGACGUAAUUCUGCCCCGGAUAAUCAGGAAUAGGCUGGAGUGUCAUCACCAUUGAAAUAUUUCCCAAGGAAAAAUAAAGAUAUGCUCAACUUGGACUUGGAGGUGAACUGAGAAAGUUGGGGAAACAUUGAAAGCAAGUUGUGAGCAGGAGUUGACGGUUUUCCAGAUGUCUGUGCUGAUGCAGACAGCGGCUGUCUAAUGAAACACAUUCACACCCCAAAGAAAGAAAAGUAGCACAUUUCUUUAUUUCUUGCAACUCUGUGGAUUUUGGGGAACAACUACAUGACUUUAACUUUAUCCUUCGCUCUCCCCUGGGAUUGUCCAGCCAGCACUCCCAUCAGAAUAACGGGUUCUAAACUCUGAAUGCUGGAAAUAACAAGUCGUCGACGUUUCUGGAUAUGGACGGACACCGAGGAGACAAAAUAAAGGAGCCGUUUUAUUAAAUUAAGACAGACGCUAUCAUGAAAAUGUGAUUUGGGUGAAGUCGUCGGAAACUCAUAAGGGAAGUCCCAAUGAGUGGCACACAGUCAACUCUCACUGACAGGACCCCAAACAUUCUCAACAAAGACCCCACAGACAAGAAACCCAAGAAUGAGAAAUCCUCCGUCUCCCUCAAACAUGAGUUUGACCCCACAGGUCUUGUCCAGCGGUGUGUGAUAAUCCAGAGGGAUGAGAAUGGCUUUGGGCUGACUGUAAGUGGAGACAAUCCUGUGUUUGUGCAGCUGGUAAAAGAAGAUGGAGCUGCAAUGCGAGCUGGUGUUCAGACAGGAGACAGGAUCAUUAAGGUUAAUGGGACAUUGGUCACACAUUCAAACCACAUAGAGGUUGUGAAGCUGAUAAAAUCGGGCUCCUAUGUAGCCCUGACAGUGCUGGGGAGGCCUCCAGGGCUUCCUCACAUCUCCCUGGAGGAGGAUGACGAGGAGGAAAACAACAAGGGGGAAGGGGCAGAGCUCAGCCCACCCUCAUCUGUCUCAGCGCCCCACUCACCUGCUCUGCCAGGUGGGGAGCAGUGCAGCCUCCAGGAGCACAGCACCUCCUCUCUGCCUGAUGGGGAUGAGAACAAAACCACGCACAACCAGAAGGCCGACAUCCUGCAAAAGAUGCUAACUAAGGAGCAACAGGACCUACAGGCAAAGGAGGAGGAGUACAGCAGAAACCCUCGGCCUAAACUACUGAAGGAGGUCCAAGAGGCCAAGAAGCACAUUUUACAGCUGCAGGAGCAGCUCAGCAAAGCAGCAGCAGCAUUACAGGAUGGAGCCACUGGGUCCAGGAAUGGUGAGGCUGAGGAGGGGGACGGCGGGCCCCCUCAGAAAGAACAGACCAUAUCCACACGUGGUGACAGUGCUAACGAUGGGCCUUUGACCAACAAUAACUCUGUGCACAGCAGCCCCCUCACAGAGGGUCCUGGCAAAAGAGAAACGCCCUGUCAGAGCCCGGACAUCAGCCGCAGAGACGGCCUCAACUUCUGCUCAUCGCCUGACACCGAGGACACCCCUGACACAGACUCCAUUGCUCAGUGCAUUGUGGGUAGCCCUCCCUACCUCCUCAACCCCCAGAUCAUCGGUGCAGAAGAUGACUACUUUGACUCUCAGCAAGAGCAGAUUAAUGGACUGUGUAGCUGUUUCCAGAGUAUAGACUCGCUGAAGACUCGGCCGGCUCACCUCGCAGUCUUCCUCCAUCAUGUUGUCUCGCAGUUUGACCCUGCGCCUUUGCUCUGUUAUCUCUACGCUGACAUGCACAAGCAAACCAACUCCAAAGAGAGCCGACGCUUUUUCAUGGAAUUUCACACACUCUUCAUGGAUCGAACAGCGAAUCUUAAAGUACCAGUGCCAGAGGCAGUUGCAGCUGAAUUGGAGAAACGAAGGCUGGAGUUAAUCCCGGAGGAGCUCUGCAAACAGUACACCCAGGCGUUACAGGACACACUCCUACCAGACCUACACAAGAACCUGGAGGACUUCAGACAGAAGCGCAGCAUGGGUCUGACUCUGGCCGAAGACGAGCUGUCCAAGCUGGACUCAGAGGGAGGAAAAGACCAGCAGGCCCUGGAGAAGGAAUGCUCCUGUGCUGAACACAUCCUCUCCAAGAUAGAGGAUAUCCUGUUGACGUCACAGCCCACAGAAGAGGAGAAGUGCCAAACAAUGCAGUAUGUGAUUCUCACCUAUAUGAAGCACCUUGGGGUGAAAGCGAAGGAGCCUCGCGGACUCGAACAUAAACGAGCACGCAUCAACUUUCUGCCCAAGAUUAAGAAGAGUAUCAAGCCUGAGAAGGAGGGUGAGGAGAAGGUGAAAAAGCCUCGGUUCCCCAGCAUCCUCGGCCCGCCUCGGCGUCUGAGCAGAGUGGACUCCACUUCAGUUGGUAAGGCCGUGGAGCUGAACAAGCAGCGCUCACCAAAGCAGCUCCCUCAGCCAGCCUUCGGCAUCCCUGAGCAGUCCGACUCCUCUGCCUCAAAUUCUGGGCGGAGCCGUGGAAAUCAGCUCAGUGAGGGAUCAGACGCCAGCACACAGUCUUUGCCCUCCACCACCACCUCCCCCACACUUAGCUCACCCAUUGGUCAGGCCUCAGAUACCAGUGGACACGACUCAGACUCCAAUAUGUCUCCAUUCUGCAUCCAGCCCAGACUGGGCGAGGGUCUGCAGCCUGGCGACCACCAGGACGGCGUCUCCAGUCCAACCGGCACUCAGUUUGACUUCAGCCCCUCCAACCUGGAGCAAUUACAGGAGGAAGACCAGGAAAAUUUCAGUAGGAUGGACGUGCAGUGUGCAGUGAGUUCAGCCGACAUCCAGAGUGAAGACGACCAGGGAGGUGAGGUGGAGUGUGAAGAGGACCCUCUGAACUGGCAGAGUCUGGUCAGCCGAGGCGUCCUGGCAAGUUUAACCCCACAGGAGAUCAAACGGCAGGAAGUCAUCAAUGAGCUCUUUUACACUGAGCGCGCCCACCUGCGGAUGCUGAAGGUGAUGGACUGUGUUUUCUACCAGAGGUUGAACAGAGACGGUAUCCUCCCCCCAGAGGACAUUAAACACAUCUUUAUUAACCUGGAGGAAAUCAUUCAGCUGCAUGUUUCUGUAACAGAGCAAAUGAUAGCAAUCAGGAAGAGGAGUGAGACAUCGGUGAUCGGUGAGAUCGCAGAUGACCUCCUGGCGUGGUUCAGCGGAGAGGAAGAGGAGAAGAUCAAAAGAGCAGUGGGAACUUUCUGUAGCAACCAGCCGUCUGCACUGGAGCUCAUCAAGAGCAAGAAGAAGAAAGACCAGCGGUUCACUUUAUUCAUGCAGGAAGCUGAGAGCAACCGUCUGUGUCGCAGGCUGCAGCUUAAAGACAUCAUUCCUGUAGAGAUGCAGAGAGUCACCAAGUACCCACUCCUGCUGGAGAAUAUUGCCAAGUACACAGAAGAUGGCGAGGAGAGGGAAAAGGUGAAGAGGGCUGGAGAAUGUUGCAAAAAGAUCCUCAACCACGUCAACCAGGCUGUCAGAGAGGCUGAGAACAAACAGAGGCUGGAGGAUUAUCAGAGAAGGUUAGACCUGUCAUCACUCAAACAGAGUGAAAACCCCAUGAUCUUGGAGCUGAGGAAUCUGGACCUGACCAAGAGGAAGAUGGUGCACGAGGGACCUCUCUCCUGGAAAGUCAAUAAAGACAAGACAAUUGAGCUGUACACAAUCCUCCUGGAGGACAUCCUGGUGUUACUGCAGAAACAGGACGAGCGUCUGGUCCUCAAAUUCCACGGCAAGAAUCCGGCCAGUGCCACCGACACCAAACACAUCUUCAGCCCCAUCAUCAAACUCAACACUGUCCUGGUUCGUCCAGUGGCAACUGACAACAAGUCUUUCUUCGUGCUGUCCAUGUCUGAAAACGGGGCUCAGAUCUACGAGCUGAUGGCUCAGACGGUGUCCGAUCAGAGAGCGUGGCAGUGUCUGAUCACACAGUGUGCUGACGCCAUGAAGGCCAAACCUCACAACAGAGACAGACCUCCAGCUCAGUCUGAUGCUGAGCGAGACGCUAUUGAGAUCAUCAAAAGUGGGAUGCCCAAGGCGAGCAAAGAUCCUGACGGAACAUCAAGUGGAAGCAUCCAUUCUUCAGAUAAAGAUGCCGCCUCUUCUCCAGACAUUCAAGUGCCACAGAGUAUCAACCCGUUUGAUGGGAUGAAAUCAGAGGACGAGGAAGAGGAGCUGGUCGUGGCAGACCGACAGGAGGAAGACGAGGAUGAUGAAGAGGUGGAUGAAGCAGAAUUAGAGGCUUUCCUGGACGGGCAGCUGGCAGAUGGACUGCCCUUCCUACAGGAAGAGUCACGUCAGGGCAUCGCUAUUGAAAACCAAGAGCAUGAAGCGUUCGGGGUACCCUCCUCUAAAGGGGAAGAAGCUCUCAGGACGUUGGCGAUGCUGAAGCAGGCUCUUUUCAACCACAUGAUAAGCAGAGAGACCGAGGAGGAGAAAGAGGAGACACAGGAGAGCAAGCAGAGUGCCUCUGUGCCCGCGAGCCCCGAGGGGCCCCCUGAGAGCCGAGCGUCUGCAGGUUCACAGAAAGAAAACCCUCAGCUCCCGUCAGGACACACAGAGCUGUCUGAGACGCCUGAACGUAACGGCGGGUUUGUGGUUCUGGAUUUUGGUGGAGAGGAGAGCAGCACUGAUGAUGAUGGAGGAGUCGGAGGUGAUGUGGGGAUCGACAUGAGCAAGCUACUGUCCUCCUCCUCGCAGGCAGGGGGCAGCAGUGGCCCCAACCUCAGCAGGCAGCUCAUGACCCACCUACGCCUCCUGCAGGCCGACCUGCAGUAUCUGAAGGAGGUGGAGAUAAAGUACAACGAGCUGCGACAGACAAACAGUGACAUGGCGACUGACUCUGACGACAACAAUGACGGGAUUCAGUGAUGAAAAACUUCACUCUCUCUCGGUCCUGUGAGUUUUUAGUGCCACUCCAGGCACUUUCUUCCGGAUGAAUCUUUGACUGUUUAUCACUGGUGUCGCCCGACAAUGGAGGCUUAAUGUCAGAUCUCCCACUUCAGGCGUGAACCAGUGGAGGACAUUAUCACCCACUAUAAACUCAAAAUCCCUCUGAGGAGAGACUCUGUGGAAUUACUCGAGGACAAUUCAGUCACUUUUUGCUAUAAUGAUAAGAAUAAUCAACUGCAUAAAUUAUCUUAAACACUGGAGAUAUGAAACAGAAAAAGGGGCAAAGUCGAGUGUGCGAAGUCUUACGGAUGUACAGCAGAGAUUAACAGACAUUAAGUAAUGGAAAGAGACAAUGAAGACUGCGACCAGAACGAUUCUCUGAGGAUCAUAAGGUAGACGGUCUUAUUCAGGUUCACUGCUGUAAGCUUGAUAUAAAAUUCUGCAAUAAGAAAUGAGAGACAGCCUCUCCUGUACAUAUUCAUCCCAGCACUCCGCAUGCUUCAAGGUAGACUUUCUUUUUUUGUAACAGCACUGAAAAGCAACACUUAAAUUGUUUUUACAUUUGGCAACAUGCACAAAAAUCAUGUAAGAUACUGCAGCAUUCAUCCCUAGCAUCCCCAGAAGUAUCUUUGUGUUUUAUGUUGUUUGCUUUUAGCCUAGCUCGGCACAAAACUGGAACUGCGGAGGAACAGCUAGCCUUAAUAUAUUCCUCUAAAGUUCACGUUGUAUCUUAUUUGUUUUAUCUGUACACAAACAGAAAUGUAAAAAUUAAGUUUAUGGUUUCAGGAGGAUUUACUUGCUGGAACUAUUUCUUUUUGCCGAACAACAGCUGACUGUGUACAGCUUUGUUGUCAAAAGACACGUUUGGUGCCAUCAUAACUGCACAGUGGCCAAAACCUGUGCUCACCGACCGUAUAUGGCAACCCGUGCUAUAGCUGAGACGACAGAUAGAUAGAUCCAGCCAGGGUUGGAAAUUUUUUUGUCCAUCUGCCACUGUGGCUGAUGGAUUCCAAAAUCUGCUAGCCACUUAAUAGAUUACCAUUGGGGUUUUUUUUUGGCUGGGGAAUGAAUUAAAUCUAGCAACCUCUUGCAUAUUUUACCAGCAUUUGGCUCGUGGCUGGUGCUCAUUUCUAACCCUGGAUCCAGCAUGUAACUCCCACUACAACCACAGAGUAAUUUAAAAUUUACAUUUCUGUUCUAGGGACACAUGCUUUGUCUUUAACCACCUGGAAAACGCGAGAUUGGUUGUUGCUUGAGUCGGUUUUUGAGUGCGCCUUUUGCGUGUAUACAUUUUUAAAAAAUGGAUCUGAGGGUGCAAAAAAACACUGCAUGCGUAUGAGACCUUAGAAGUGUUUGUAGGCAUGUUUUGUAACUUUAACGGAGCCAGGCUGAAUUUGCAAAGCUAAAGUCUGACUGUUCCAGUUUCUGUUUGUUCAACCAAAUCGUCAGAAAAUAUAUUGGCAUUGGACACUUCUGAAAACCAUGGAUAUGUAACAUUUGCACACUAUUGUGUUGUGGAUAUGUUGAAACCAUAGACUGUAUAAAAUAAGGUUGAAACUUUAUAUUUCAACAGUGCUGUGAUUAACUUGUGGGUAAAAAAAUCACUUGGUUAUGCUUAAGAAAAGAUCAUGUUUUGGCUUGGAUUACCUGGUUUUGCGGCACAGUCCUGUAAAAAACAGCUGCUUUUUCUGCCCACAAGGUUGGCAUGCGUCUCCACUCGGUGAUCCACCAUUCCCUACAUCAUUUUACAAACGUUGAUAUGAUACCUAUAAAAUAGUGGUUCCCAAAUGGUGGGUCACCGUCCAAAAGUGGGUCGCGGCUCCACUCUGAACGGACUGCAAGUGACUUUAUUUUGAAGUACAGUGAAUUUCUGGCACUGAGCUUUUAUUUUGAAGUGCAGUUUCCUGCUGUAGAGUGAGUGACUAACAGACAGCUACUUGAGAGAGACUAGACUAACUAGAUAGUUAGAUAUGGUGCUUGAAAGUAGAAAUUUAAGACUGUAUUAAAUAAGAAAUGCUGGAAAAUAUAAAACAUAAAAAGCACAAUUAGCUGGACGACAUGGUCAAAGACAUGUGUGAUGCUGAGUGUGUUAAACUGCGUGGACCUUCAACUAAUGACUAAAGAGAAAUCUGGAUCCUGUGGCUGCACCAGUUGGGAACCACUGAUAUAAAACAUACAAAUGUAGCACAUUCAUGGUUUGCAAAAGUGCACAAUGCCGAUCUUCUGGCGACAGGGCUGGUUUGGUUGUGGGUUGUUUUCUUGGUUUGAGUGUCUGAGCAGAAAACAGUUUUAAAUUUCCUAGAGAGCACUUGUUUAAAGCACCAAAUUUCAGCCAAAGUCAGAACGACGACGAGAGGGAUGAACAGACAGAAGGAAAGGUAAAACACAACCUCCUCGACAUGUUUGUGUGCAAGAAUCCGAAUGUGGCACUGUGCAUUACAACUCUGUUUCUUAUUCGUUGUAUCAGAAGUACCCGGUAGGCUGCAAAAUACUGCAGCUAUAAAAAGAUUGAUACACAUUGUGUGUAACUGCUGGUGUUUUUGCUGAAGCACAGUUCACUAAAUAAUAGUCACUGUGAGCUUUUCAGAGUGUGUGCACAUGUGAAUUUAUUGAACUGAAUUUUAUUCUAGAAUUUAUUUUCCAUUUGUUUUCUUACUUCCACCGGCCUCCUGACGUUGUGCACAGUGAGGCGAUUGACUAACCUGAGUGCAGUUUUUCAUCUCUGUCAUUCAUCACCCAACACUAAAAAACACUUUAAUCUUUAUUCCUCUGAAUCACUCAGAGAAGGUUUUCCUCCAGGAUCAUUUCUGCAAUGGGCUUCUCAUGAAAGCCGUCUUCAGCUUGUAACACCCGUCUGUUAGGUACAAAGAUUCACCCAUCAAACAUCUGCACUUCACUCUAAUGGUCGGACUGAAAAAGACUGAAAUAUUCUUUCGCCACAGGACUGCACAGACGACAUUACGGCUUUGAUUUUUGGAUGAAAUCAUAACGAAAAAAAAAGAAAAACUGAAAAGAAUAUAUAGACACAAAGAGAUUGUUAUGGACUGUUUUCAUUGUAAAGGAAUAUAAUGUACAAUUACGACUGUAUAUCAAAGGUUUUGUGUGUUUUUUCUACACCGUGCGAUCAUGUAAUGUUUUAACACAAACUGCUUAAAAGGAGGAUGAAGUAUCCACGCAGCAUUAAUCUGUUUUAUAAAUGUUCUAUUGAAAAUGUUUUAUUUUUAUUACAUUGUUAUUAACCCUGUUAUUAACAUGUCUGUUGAGAACACAUAUCGCUCCUUUUAGUGCAGAGAUUUAAAGCUGAGCUGUUGUUAAAAAUGAAGGGGGAAAAGAGAAAUUUGAGUUUUAGCUGGUCUUUUGUGGGGAGUGGGGUUUGUCCAUCUUUUGUUGGGGACUAUUUUUGGAUGCGGAUUAAUACACAUUUGGUGCUCCAGCGCCCGACCCUGUGCAUGAGGACCCUCUGAAGAUGAACAUGAGGGGUCGUGAGAUGAUUGACAAGAAGAACAAAAACAUGUACAUAUUUUUGGACAUUUCUCUCUCUGUUUAUCUCUGUUUUUUUAAUAGGUAAACCCUUUGAAACCUGAGCUCAUUGGCUUGAUUUCCCUCAAAAACAUGGGAGGAAGGUAAUGAGCAAUAAAAGAGGAAACGACCCAAAAAAUUAGCAAGAAAUUUGAAAAAAAUAAAAUAAAAUUUAAAAACAAGAAAAUUAGUGGGGGAAAACAAGUUAAAAAUAAACCAAAAAAGAAAUGACCUGGAAAAAAAGUGCUUAAAAAUUAUAAUAAUUCUGUACCAAGAAUUUAAACAUGUAAUAAUAAUGAUUAUAGAUGUAAUUUAUCCCUAGCUUUUUUCUUUGUUCACCAUUUUUUAAAAAUAAUUUUCUAAAUCUAAUAUUUUUUUUGCAGUUUGUGGGACAUUUCUCACAAGUUGCUCAUGGCCUUUCUUAUCAUAUUUUUUUUUAAAGCAAUCGCACCAAUGUGCUCAGGUUUCAAAGGUUUGUGUGAAAGCAGCACAAGAAAAGUGAUGUCGCUCCAGGUUUCACAGGGUUAAUCCCCUUACGGGUCUCAUUACACAAAAUUCUUACAUCUGAAAUCCUAUCUUAUCUCAGUUUAAGAUGACAUUUAGGAUUUUUUGUAUC